CCUGAUUAAAACAAUUAUGUAUAAUUCAAUGAUCGGUUUAUAUAUCAUAAUAAUCAAUUAUCAUUAUAAUAAUAAAUGAUGUCUAAUUUUAUUCAAUAUUUCUUUUUAAUAUUUUAUAAUUUCAUUUAUAUUUCAACUGUAUUAUCAAUUCAAAAUAUAGAAACAAAAUGGAUACCAUUAAUUGGGAAUUGGAUAAUUUCUAAUCAAACUAUAUCAAAACAAAUUUAUACAAAAUUUGGUAUAGAUAGUUAUAGUACACAAUGGAUAAUUGAUAAUAAUAAUAAUAAUCCUUUCAUUGAUGAUAAUGAUGUAAAAUUAAGAUGGAUAGCAUAUGAUAAUUGGACAUUUACUAAGAUUUUUAUCAUUGAACAAUUCAAUUUAAAUAAUACUAUAGAAUUAUAUAUAGAUGGUAUAGAUACAUUUUGUGAGAUCAUUUUAAAUAAUCAUUUAUUAGGAGUUACAGAGAAUAGUUUUUUAUCAUAUACAUGGAAAAUUAAUCAUUUAUUAAACUUAAAACGAAUAAAUAUAUUAGAAAUAAAAUGUAUAUCAACUGUAUUAAUAGCAAAGAAAAAAGCGGAACUAAUGAAAGUUAGAAAGAAAAUGAUUCCACCACCAUUUUGUUGGCCAUCUAGAUUUCAUGGUGAAUGUCAUGUAAAUCUUGUUAGGACAACACAAUCAAUAUUUGGUUGGGAUUGGGGAUUAACUUUACCUAUUCAAGGAUUAUGGACAUUACCUCAGUUGGUAGUUUCACCUUCAGGUUUAAGAUUCGGUGAAAGAUUUAAAUUCUAUGCUUAUUCACAGCAUGAUCAAUUUAAAUUAUGGAGUGCUGAAAUUGAUGUAGAAAUUGUAGGCAAUAUGCCGUCAUACGAUCGUCUGUCAAAAGCAUGUAUCUAUUCAUAUAUCGAAGAAUUAAAUGUAUUUGGAAGAAAGUGUUUGGAAUGGAAAAUGAAAUGAUCACUAUGGAAGUGUUACGUAAUCAAUCAAAAGUUAAAUUAUGGUGGCCUAUUGGUACGGAGACUGGACCAUAUCUUUAUACAUUAGUACUCUACUUAACAGUUGGUUCCAACAAGAUUGUUGAUAAAAAAGAAUAUUCAAUAGGUUUUCGUGAAGUGGAGUUAAUUGAGGUAUGUUUUUAUUUACGAUUUGUGUAUGAUGACUGAAUUAUUCAAUCAAAGUUGAUUUAUCAGUACAGGGUUGUGGAGAUUAUCGAGUUUUAAUUAAGACCAUGAACCAAUCCAUGUUAAACCACCACUGAAAACCCAGAAGUGCUUGAUGGCCAUUUCAUUUAGUACGAGACUCUUCAACAGUACGCAUCUACGAUCCCUCACACGGGACUCGAUCCCAGUGCUUUAGGUUUUGAUCGACAAUGUCCAACCUCUUAUUUUACGAGUCGGUUUGAAGAAGCAAAGACAGCUAUAGUAGUAGGCGGCUUCAACUGAUGGGAUUUAAAAAGAACAAAAUCAUUUGAUUGUUACGCAUCAUCAACUAGUCAAAAAAUCACUAAUAACUAAAAACUUUCUACAGUCUAGAUAAUGGAUUAUGUGGAUUCAUCACACAUUGAAUUAGGUCGAACAUUUUAUUUUAAAAUUAAUGGUUUGCCAAUCUUCAUAACAGGUGCUAAUUGGAUACCUGCAAGAUAUAUGCCAGGUAGACAGUAUAUUUUAAUGCAUAAUGUAACAAAUGAUCGUAUUUGGUUAGAAAAACGACUUCUUCGUUCAGCAAGUCUAUCAGGAAUUAAUUUAAUAAGAAUAUGGGGUGGUGGACGUUAUGAAGAUGAUGAAUUUUAUAAAGAAGCAGAUAGGCUUGGUUUGAUGAUAUGGCAUGAUAUGAUGUUUGCAGUAGCUACUUAUCCAGAUAAAGAAAGAAAUGAUACUGUUGAAAAAGAAAUCACAAGGCAAAUAUCACGAUUACACUAUCAUCCAUCUAUUAUAGUUUGGUCGACAGAUAAUGAAGUGAAGCAAGCUAUUGCAAAUGGUUGGUAUGGUCCACCGAUGGAUUCAACAUUAUUAAGUAUAUUUAAAUCUAGAUUUGUCGAGUCAAUAUUUAAUGUGAUCAAUGACGAAGAGAAUGGUCGAAGUUCAGCCAGACGUUGGGAAACUUCAAAAUAUAAACCUAGAAGAUGUCUUAUCUCUUCACCUAGUAAUGGAUAUCUAACAGAGAAAUUCAAAGGAUUGGAUCCGGACCCAGAUAACCCACUAUAUGGUGAUAUACAUUAUUACACGUAUUCUGGUGAUUUAUGGUCAGAAUCUAAUUAUGUACUAGGACGUUUUAUAUCAGAAUUCGGCAUACAAUCUAUUCCGUCUCCAUUAGCUUGGGCCAGAUCAAUUUCAAAUAUAUCGAAUCCAAAACAAUGGGAUGUAUUCGGUUCACUGAUGGACCAUAGACAACAUCAUCAAUUAGGUCAUCAAAUGCUCAGAUUAGCGCUUGAGUAUAUUACGGAACCAGCAAAUAGACAAGAUCCGAUUCGUAAUUACAGUCGAUGGGCAUAUGUAAGUCAAUUAAAUCAACUCAUGUGUUUACGUACUCAAAUCAAUUUAUACAUGAGGCAUAAAUGUCGAUUAAAAUUAACAAAUUUUACAAUUAUAUCAACUGAUAAAUUUAUUACAAUGGGUACAAUAUAUUGGCAAUUAAAUGAUAUUUGGUCAACACCUAGUUGGUCAACUAUAGAUUCAGUUGGUCAAUGGAAAUUAUCACAUUAUAAUGCUAUAAAAGAAUAUUAUGAUCUAACAAAAUGGGGACGUAUAGCUAUACAUCAUAAUAAUGAAAUAAUUGAAGCUGAUUGGAUACCAAAUACAAAUCAUAAUAAUUUAUUUCCUAUUGAAUUUGAAUUAAUUUGUUAUACAAUUUGGUCAUUUAUACCAACAUAUCGUGAAAUUUUAAAUAUUUCUAUAAAACAUUAUAUUCAAUGUCCAAUAAAUAUAUUAAAUAAAUCUUUAAAUGAUUUAAAUAAAUUAUGUCAUUUUAAUUAUAGAAAUGGUAGAAUAAUUCAAAUUAUUAUAAGAAAUAAUUUAUAUUCUAUAAUAUCUGAUAGAAAUUUAUUAUUAUUAGAUAAACCAAUACAAAUUAAAAUAUGGCCUAAAAAUGCUGGAAAAACUUUACAAAUCAAAUCAAUCAAAUUAUUGAAUAUAAUGAAUAAUUUAUUAAAAAUUCAAAAAAUGGCACCAUUUUUAACUAAUCAUAUUUAUGAAAUUAUAAUUGAAUCUAAAUCACCAGAAUUAUUUAUUAAUUUAGAUAUAGAUCCAAGAAUUGAUGUAGAAUUUUGGUUUUCAAUAAAUGGUUUUCAUUUAAUAAAUGAAAAUGAAAAAAUAAUACAUUUAUAUAUAUCAGGAAAUAAAACAAUUUCAAUAGAUGUAUUAAAACAUUAUUUAUGGAUUGAAUCACUUGCAACAUUGAAUAUGAAAGAAUUGUGACAAAAAAUUUCUUUUGUUAAUUUACUUUUUAUUCUAUUCUGGUUUAAAAAUUAUUUUUUCUUAAAUGUUUUUAAUUCAGCAAUAAAUUAUAUAUGUCGUA